CGUGUUCCCACAGACUCUUUUUUUUUUUUUUUUCAGACACUGACUGAGUGAGUUUGUGAAUUUAUUAAGUGGACAAUUCUGGAGGAAAUUAAGACUGUUUAAAAUGGGGGAUUGUUGCUUGUCAGGUGAUGACAGAGAAAGCUUCAGGAUUCACCAAGAAAUUGAGAGACAGCUAAAGAUGGACAAGCGGGAUGCAUCCCGACAUCUUAAACUAUUACUUUUAGGCACAGGGGAGAGUGGGAAGAGCACCUUUAUCAAGCAGAUGAGAAUCAUACAUGGCAGAGGCUACACAGAGGAGGACAGGAGAGCUUAUGCCAAACUGGUAUACCAGAACAUCUUUGUUGCCAUUCAAGCCUUGCUCCAAGCCAUGGAGAACCUCAACAUACACUUUGUUGAUCCAAAAAAUGCAACUUAUGCUGCAAAGCUUAAAAAAGUGACACCAGAGACAGUACAAUCACUGGACUCUGAACAAGCUGAAGCCAUCAAGAGUAUUUGGACAGAUCUGGGACUGCAGAAAUGCUAUGAACGCAGGAGAGAGUUCCAGAUAUCAGACUCUGCCAAAUAUUAUUUUGAUGACAUUGACAGAAUCUCUGCAGCAUUUUACUUGCCGAGUCUGCAGGAUAUUCUACGAGUCAGAAUUCCAACCACAGGCAUCAUUGAGUAUAUCUUUGACCUUCAGACAGUCAUAUUCAGAAUGGUUGAUGUCGGAGGCCAAAAGUCCGAGAGACGAAAGUGGAUCCAUUGUUUUGAAAAUGUUACUUCCAUCAUCUACCUGGUGGCUCUGAGCGAAUACGAUCAGGUCUUAUAUGAGUGUGAGAAUGAGAACCGCAUGAAAGAGAGUAAAGCUUUAUUUAGGACCAUCAUCUCAUACCCCUGGUUCCAGGAUUCCUCUAUCAUCCUCUUCCUCAAUAAAACAGAUCUUCUGAAGGAGAAGAUCUCAAAAUCAGACCUUGCAAAAUAUUUUCCAGAAUAUAAAGGCCCUAAAAAUGAUGCAGAUGCUGCAAUGAAGUUUAUCCUGAGUAUGUACGAGCAACAGAACUCAGACACACAGAAACACAUCUAUGCACAUUUCACCUGUGCCACCGACACAGAGAAUAUCCGCUUUGUUUUCGAAGCAGUGAAGCACACCAUUCUGCGGAACAACCUUUCGAUGUUUAACUUGGGCUAGGCGAUGGAAGAGCUCUUACAUAUGCUGUUAGAUUUAAUAAUUUUCACCGCUGAUUCAAACAAAAUGUUCUUUCUGAUCUUAUCACUUCUAAACAUCUCUCUAUGUAUAAAACUCUGCUGCAAAGUGAUUUCCUUUCACAAAUUAUCAAUCCAAAAAUGAUUUAAAAACUCCCCAGUAAAACUAAUGCUGCCUUCAAGUCUCUUUAGUAUUUCCUACUUAGAAGGAAAUCAUAAUUAUGAUGUGAUUUAUGUAAUAAUUACAAUCAUUCAAGUCAUAAUUGCAUUCAUAUGUGCGUCAUGCAAAUACGAAUAAUAUCAUGAAUACGUCAUGCGAAAAAUUGGUUUAGUAGUCUUGUCUUCUGAUUGGUUUAAAUUGAUUAAUGUUGUUAUCAUCUGUGUUAUGUCAUUGGUCGUCUUGUUAUCUUGUUAAACCUGUUUUUUGUAUUUAUAGUCCUAAUGUUCUCCUUGUUCUUAGUCAUUUUUCUGUAAUGUACAGUAAUAGUGGCAGAUGAGACUCGUAGAUGUAAUAAGUACAGAACCCAAGUGCAGUUUUAUUUAAAUCCAAAAAAUGUGAAAGAAGUUAAGCAAACUAAUCAAGAAACAUGAUUAGAAAACCAUUAAAACUAGACUUGACUAAACUGUGACUAUGAUAAAACCAGUGAACGAGAACCACGAAAACAAUGUUACCAGAUCAAUACACAACAAUGAAAAGGAGAACAUAUAAAAACAAGAUAACACGACAACCAAUGAAAGAACACAACUGAAAACAAGAUUAAUCAACCUAAACCAAUCAAAAGACAAGACCAAUUAACCAAUGAAAAGCAGACAAGGAAGGGAAACAUGAAGCAUGCAAGGACACAGGAACUAAACUUCAAAAUAAAAGACAUGACAAGAUCAAAACAUGAAACAAGAACACACAUAUAUGCAACACAAUGUAGGAAAUGUUGUUUGGUUGCACCAUAAUACUGCAUAAAUGAGUAAGCACAAGGAAAGAUUUAACCUGAUUUUCAUCAACAUUGUACAAACUUAACUGUACAGUCAGCGUUCACAAUUGCAACUAGGGUUGCCACUUUUGAAGUUAUAAAAUAUGGGACAUGCUCUUUAGACUCUGCGUCCUUACAUCACCUCAGGCUCAGACUGAGAAUUUACUUCAGGUAAGCUCACUGAGUCUAGGGAUGCACCGAACGAUAAUCUCCACAGAAUCUGCUACUUUAACAGAAACUGUUCAGAAACGAUUACAUUACAUCGAUAAAGCUGCGUGAUUGUAUGUGAAAUGAUCCAGGUGUCUUCCCAAAGAGCUCGCGUUUACAGUUGAUGAGACACGUAUUGAGAGAAAACAUAACCUCAUAACCUCCCACAUAUACGCUCAAUAGGUUCAUAAUUAGCAUGGGGAUCCACAAGCACAUGACAGAUUUACAAAUGCAAACAUACAUCAACAAAUGCACAUAACAAAUCCUCACACGUUCAACUGACAAAUCCACAAACCAGAAGAAUGUACAAACAUACUUCACUCACGAGUCACAAUACAGUACACAAAUAAACUGCAAUAUGUGUAAUUUAGUGCAUAAAUAAAUGCCGUUUGUACACACACGAGUGCUUCACCAUAUGCUGGGGGCAUGGUUUAGCAUGGCUGAGACCAGUUACCCAGCACUCAUUCAUAAUGUGGGAAAUGGUGAAAUAUCCAGUAGAUUUGGGUGUUUUAUUUUAUUAUAAUUUUUUUUUUUUAGGAAGAAUGUGUUUAGAAUUUUUCAUUUCGGUGCAUCACUACUGAGACUAUUUUAAAAGUCCUUACUCAUUUUACUAUUAUAUCUUACUAAGCAUUAUAUCCAUAUUUAUGUUAGUCUAAAUGUGUAUUGAAAAUAGAAACUAUGUAUGUCAAUAUAGAGAUAUGCAAUUAAGCUUUUUAGCUGUCAUUAUUGCAGAUUAUCAAGCCACUAUGGACUUUUACUAUACCAUUUUAUUUUUUUAUUACAUUGAUCGGUCAAGUGUUUGUUCUAAUGCUCUCCAUAGCCAUUAAGAAAAUGCAUGGUUGCAUCAUUUUCAUCUUCUGUACUUUGCAAUCUCUAGUGCUCCUUGCAAUUCACUGAUGAUUAUAUUUUCAUAUGAUUUAUGCUACUGUCAAUACAGUUAGAAAAGAAACUCCUGUCUCCUCUUUCUUUAGUCAGUGUCAAUUGCAUCCUCCCUCUUCCCUACAGCUUUACUUGCAUAUAACAAUGCACUAAACUGAGAGG